AGAUACAGCUUAUGUAAGAGAGAGCUCUUUCCUGGUUUCCUUCGGUGCUUUCUCGAUUUCCUUCGAAGCCAACAUGGUGUUCCAAACGUUUCUCCUCCUUUCCACAGUUCUCGGCCUUCUGCACAUUUGCAGAGCUCUCAUGGAAAUUGCAUGGUGGGUUUGGGCCUCAUUUCUAAGGCCAAUGAAAAAUCUGAAGGAGUAUGGGCCGUGGGCGAUUGUGACGGGUCCUACUGAUGGAAUAGGGAAGGCAAUCGCCUUUCGCUUGGCUCGCCACCAUGGCCUCAACUUGGUUCUUGUGGGUCGCGACCCGUCCAAGCUACGCUCGGUUUCCAGUGAGAUACUCAAGAUGAACAAAUCCAUAGAAGUAAGGAGCAUCGAGGUCGAUCUAGCAGGCGACAUUAACAAGGGAAUGGAGAAGAUCAGGGAAGGGAUCGGUGGCUUGGAUAUUGGAAUUUUGAUCAACAACGCAGGCACUGGUUAUCCAUAUUCGAGGUUUCUGCAUGAGGCGGAUGAAGAGUUGGUAGCGAGAAUCAUCAGAGUAAAUGUGGAGUUCACCACUAUGCUCACCCACCUCGUGCUCCCUGCGAUGGUGAAGAAGAAGAAGGGAGCCAUUGUAAACAUAGGCUCUGCUUCAGGAUCUUUUCUGCCUGCCAGUCCUCUCGCUACCAUCUACUCAGCGACAAAAGCAUACGUUGGAAAGUUCUCAAGGAGUCUGCAUGUGGAAUACAAACAACAUGGGAUUGACGUUCAAUGUCAGGCUCCCUUUUACGUGGCAACCAACCUGACAAAGAUGGAGCCUUCCUUCUUCACUCCUUCAGCAGACGGCUACGCAGAUUGGUGCAUGAGUUGGAUAGGGCAGGAGGCAGUGUGCACGCCCUAUUGGACCCAUUCCAUACGCUGGUUUGCCGUACGGCUACUGCCGGAUGUACUGCUAGAAUGGUUGGCUCUUCGCCAUUUCCUUCUUAAGAGACAGAAGGGCAUCAUGUAUGAGCACUCAAAGCACUUAUAAGAGAGAGCAUCAUGAUUUGACCCACUCUCGUACUGGGCUCGGGUUCUUGGUCCAUCAGAUCCCAACAGCCAUCUUGUAGUUUUGAUUCUAGCAUCAAAAAGACUGAACAAUUUAUAAGUCUUUCAAUGUUCUUACAGUUUUAGA